CUGGUAGCAGCGCCACUUCCACUGCAUGUUCGACUGAACCUAAACAGGCUCAAGUUCCCCAUAUGGUGAACAUUCCGAACCCAUUGCCUACUUCUCUUGGCAAUGGCUUCAAAGCGGAUUUCAAGAUCACCGGUUCACGGGUCGCUAUGGCGGAACCCGGAAUCAUUGGUCCUGCGGUUUCCAUUUUGAUGGUAUCCAACACCGGGAGCAGCAACGGGUGCACGGUAACACCCGUACCAACGCCAACGACGUCGGCAGUUCCAUCACCAACACCGGUGCCGCCAGCUACUGGUGACCUUGACUCGCCAAUCGCCUCCACCAAGGUUGAGCAACAAUAUGGCGCUUUAUCGGAGCGUUUACCAAACGGUACAGAUGUCAUUGGAGGAACGGACGUCGAAUCGUUGGCCAAUCUGCGGCCUCCACCACUGCAAGCAAAACCCACUGCGGCUCCAAUCCCCGCUAACACGGGCGAGGUGAUGGCCGUUUCACAAUCUCGAUCGGCACCGACGGUUUCGAAUUUAGUGGUCCAGGCCUCUGCUCUGAUGGCCGAUUACUGUCAACGGUUGUUAGAGGACAUGCUGACCGAAUUCGCCUCCCAGGGUUCACUGGAGGCGAAGGUGGCUCAGCUCCAUUUGAAGCUCGAGAAUGCCGAGAAACGGCACCAAGUGGAGCAGGCGAGGCUAACGGAAGAGCAUGGUAUGCAGCUGGAAGAGCAGCGGCUGAAACUGGAGCGAGAAAAGGACGCUGCUAUGCGCGAGGUGCGCCAGAACGCUGCCGCAGAGAAGGAUCGGGCCGUGGCACUGGCAAAGAAAACGCAAUGGU